UUGUUGAUUGGUUAGAUGAGGCACGUUACGUACGAACAGAGGCACAAACCUGACAUUUGGAAUCGUCCCCAUAUUUCAGCUGAAGCCGCCAUCAUGUGGGACCACGAAAUCAGAGCCAUGGCGUCCUCUCACUCCAUCAUUGCCGCCUCAGUGUUCAUGGCCACCGUCUUCCCUGCGGUGCUCGUCCCAGGUUUUUCGGUGUACGGAACUCACUUGUUGUGGCUCUACUCGGUGUCAGCUGCGGUUGCCGCGGUCAGUGUCUCCGUCUUCUGGCUGCUCGGCAUCUCACCGCCCACUAAGAAGCACACACUGGGAUACAAGCUGUCCAGGUUGUUUCGUUCAUGCCUUUACUUCUUCCUGUCUUGCCUGUUCUUCCACACGGUCGUCAUCCUCUACGGAGCGCCACUGAUUGAGUCUGCUUUGGAGACAUUUUCACUCGCUGUGCUGCUGACCUCACUGACCACACUGAGGUGUCUCUGUGUUCUCGGCCCCAACGUCCAGGCCUGGAUCCGAGUGUUCAGUCGACAUGGAGCUAUGUCUGUUUGGGACACUUGUUUGCAGAUUACAGUGGCCUUCACCCUGAUUGGAGCCUGGCUGGGAGCUUUCCCAAUACCGCUGGACUGGGACAGACCAUGGCAGGUUUGGCCUGUUUCCUGCAGUCUGGGCGCUAUGAUCGGCUACCUGACUGGACUUGUUGUUGCUCCCGCGUGGAUCCACUACCAUCGCAAACAGCUCACAUACAAAUGCAAAUGAUUGAGAGACCUGUGGAUAUCUGCCUGGGUUGAUGCGAAUGUGUCUGUUUGGUGUUUGUUCACUUUCUACCGGUUAUUUAUUGGCAGCCUGUUAAUGAUUUUGUAACAACACAUUAUUUUGUACAUAUGCAAGGUGAGCCUGAGCCUGAGCAUUUUUGACAUGAAUAAAGAAUUACUCGACUACUGUG